UCAUAUUAUGGAGUAUGAUGCACGCUCUCAUAAUCUUUCCAAUCUUAACUUUAUCCCAACAAAGUGCCGGAUUUUUAACAAUGGCAAAUCGAGCUUGCAAAACUCCGAAAGCCCGCUCAACAUCUUUUCGGACAGCUUCUUGAUUUUGCGCAAAUAAAACUGCUUUCGGCCCUUGUGGAAUUGAAAUAGAUUGGAUAAAAGUUGCCCAUUUUUCAUAAAUACCAUCGGUGAGAUAGUAAGCCAAAUGGUACUCUCUUCCGUUGACCGAGAAAUGCACUUGCGGGGCAUGACCAUUUAUUAUGUCAUCAAAAACCGGGGAGCGAUCAAGAACAUUAAUAUCAUUUAAAGUACCUGGAGGUCAAAAAACGCAUGCCAUAUCCAGAGGUCAUAUGAAGCAACCGCCUCUAAAACGAUUGUGGGUUUUUCCGAACCCCGAGAAUAUUGGCCUUUCCAUGCAGUGGGACAAUUCUUCCACUCCCAAUGCAUACAAUCGAUGCUUCCUAUCAUCCCGGGAAAUCCACGAACCUCUCCAAUAUGAAGCAGACGCUGAAGAUCAGCCGGGGUUGGUCUCCUUAGGUACUCAACACCGAACAAAUUUAUUAUUGCGUCCACAAAGUUUUCUACACAUAAGCGAGCAGUGGUUGCACCGAGCCGGAGGUAUUCGUCGACCGCAUCAAGCGCAGAACCAUAUGCCAACACACGAAUAGCUGCUGUACACUUUUGAAGUGCAGAUAGACCAAGUCUUCCGAUAACGUCUUGCUUUUGACGAAAGAAUCGAACUUCAUUGAAGAGGCGAUCAACAAUACGCAUGAAUAACGCCUUGUUCAUUCGAAAUCGUCGUCUGAAUAAAUUUUCGGGAUAUGUGGGAGUGUCACUGAAAUAAUCAUUCCAUAACCGGAGAUGACCUUCUUCCCGAUUGCGUUCGAUGAAAACGCGUUUUUUUCUUUUCCUCGUUUCAUCUUCUUGAUCACCAUAAACAUUGCACAUAUUGUCAAAUGUUUCAUCGAAAGUUUGAUCAAAAUAUUGAUCAAAUGUUUGAUCGAAAAUUUCAUCAAAGGACCCAUCCAAAUUAUGAUGAGAAGAAGAAGCUAUUAGACGUUUGGUUUACGAAAUGGAAAUUUUUGAAUAUAGAGAAGAAUGAGAAAUAGUGUGAGAGUAGAGAUAGAGAGAUGGCUUGUGAGAGUAUUAGAUAGAGAGAUGGCUUGAGAGAGUAUAGAUAGAGAAAUGGCUUGUGUUAUGAAUAUAUAACAACAUCAACACUUACGAAUAUAUAACAACAUCAACACUCGAACACUAUACAAAAACACCCGUGACCUCUGUCUUUUCCUCUAACACCCGUGAUGCUAAAAGACUCCAAAGACCCGUGAAGGUGAUUCUAAAAGACUCCAAAGAAAAAGUACAAAACUCCAAAGACCUCUGUCUUUUGCUUUACACCCGUGACCUCUGUCUUUUUCUUUACAGCCCUGAACUCUUUCUUUUGAUUUAGCUGCCUCCUGUCGAUCGUAAUUUUUAUAUAAUAUUAUAAUGACAUGUGAAUUGAACCUCCCAAUCAUGUAGCCUUAUCUAUAAAGCCCAAUCAUUCCAUGUGAAGUUAGAGAUAACCAAAUAUGAGUAUAAUCUCUUAUUACAACGAGGAAGAAAAGGGAAAGGUUCUUGAGGACCUAACCUGGAAUGUGAAGCAAAUACAAGACGAUCUGUUGAAAGAGAUACUCACCCUUAACUCAGGAACUGAGUAUCUCCAAAACUUCCUUCAUGGAAGCUCUGCUAAAGAGCUCUUCAAGAAGAACUUGCCAAUAGUCACUUAUAAAGAUGUGAAACCUUACAUUGAUCGUGUCGCAAAUGGAGAGUCGUCGAAUAUAAUAUCGGCCCUACCCAUUACAAAUUUCUUUAACAGUUCGGGAACUUCUGGAGGAGCAAACAAAAUACUACCAUCGAAUAGCAAGUAUUUGGAUGGCUCUGCAUUCAGUACUGAUCUUAUCGCGCACGUUAUACGCAAGCAUGUGAAAGGUGUGGAGAGAGGAAAAGGGAUGCUGUUUUUCUUAACAGGGCACGAUACCAAGACUCCAGGUGGCUUCCCCCUUGAGGACGGAAUAAGCUGGUACCUAAAGAGCGACUAUUUCAAGAACCGGCCAUCUACUUGGUUCUACUCUUAUACGAGUCCUGAUGAAGUUAUGUUAGGCAGUGACCUCAAGGAAAACCUGUAUUGUCAUUUACUAUGCGGUCUUGUCCAAAGAGAUGAGGUCACCAGAAUUGGUUCCACAUUCGCUUCAGGCAUGGUCAGAGUAAUCAAGGUUCUUGAAGAUUCUUGGAAGGAGCUGUGUUCUAAUAUUCGAUCAGGUAAUCUCAGUGAAUGGAUCACCGACUCUGGUUGUAGAAACUCCGUUUCAUUGGUUCUAGGAGGUCAGCCCCGUCACAAAUUAUCAGACGAGAUUGAAAGUAUAUGCAGCCAGAAGUCUUGGAAAGGUAUAAUGAAGAAACUAUGGCCACAAACCUUAUGCAUUGAAGCUAUUGCUACAGGUUCAAUGGCACAAUAUGUUCCUACACUGAAACAUUACAGCGGUGACGUGCCUCUUGUUUCAACAAUUUACGCUUCUUCCGAGUCAAUGUUCGGUAUUAAUACUGAUCCUUUGUGUCAGCCUGAAAACACCUCUUACACGCUCAUGCCCAACAUAUCUUACUUCGAGUUUAUACCAACGGAGGGAGGCAAUGGUGAUGUUGUGGACCUAGCUGACGUAAAACUCGGCUGUUCUUACCAGUUAUUGGUCACAAACUUAUGGGGUUUGUAUAGAAUGAGGAUCGGAGAUAUUGUUAAGGUGACUGGAUUCCACAACAAGGCACCUAAGUUUAGGGUUAUAGGACGAGAGAACACGUUGUUAAGCAUUGAUACGGACCGGACAACUGAAGAAUACUUGUUAAAGGCGGUGAAUCGAGCAAGGCUGGUUCUUGAGUCAUCAGAUCUAAGGCUUGUAGCUUUCACUAGCUAUGCUGAUAUCUCCAGUAGUCCCGGUCACUAUGUGAUAUAUUGGGAAGUAAAGACUAAAGAGGAAGACAUGAAGGAGCUUGAUGAAAAGACAUUCUUGGAGUGUUGUUCAGUAAUGGAGGAUACGUUGGACGAGGAAUACAUGUACUGCCGGGCUAACGAAUUUAUAGGGCCUCUCGAGAUAAGAGUAGUGAAUGAUGGGACGUUCGAUUCUCUUAUGAACUUGUCCAUCUCAAAAGGUGCUUCGAUUACUCAAUACAAGACUCCAACAUGCAUCACAUCUGAAGAGAGCUUACAAGUAUUGGAGACAAAUGUGGUUGCUAGAUUCUUCAGUACUCUCAGAGCAUCUCAUGUGCUUAAGCCAUGAUAUAUGGUCCAAGAAACGGGGGAGAAAUGUGUGUGUUUUAUCUGUAUUAUCUUGUUUUCUUCUUACUAUCUUUUGACUAUUUACUUGUUGCUUCAUUAAUAACAAACUUGAUUUGGUAUGCAAUUAUAUGCUUUAAGAAUU